GAUGUGGACCUCAAGCGUCUGGCUUUGACAACCCAGAGACGUCGGAGUCGACUCGCUCAUGGCGUGUCCUUUGUUGGAAGCACAAGGGCAGGACUGGUCCGAAAGAUGAGAACAGCUGUGAAGGCCUUCCAGGAUGGCGGGAGAAUCGGCGUCAUGUCAGGCCAAAACAAGCCUUCCGACAAACCUGUUGAGGUCCUAGGCGUCUUCACCGGUCAAGGAGCCCAAUGGGUCGGCAUGGGGGCCAAGUUACUGGAUUCAUGCCCGAUCUUUGCCCGCACCAUGAUCGCCCUCGACGGCGCUCUCGCCAAAAUAAUGGCGGAAGAAGAGACUUCUGGCUGCUUUCAGUCAUGGUCGCUCCUCGGCGAGCUUAGAGCACCCGUAACCACGUCCCGCAUUGCACUGGCUGAAUUCGCAAUGCCGCUCUCCACGGCCGUGCAGGUUGCCCUAACCGUCAUUCCGGGCGGUAUUCUGGCAGAAUACCAGGGUUAGCGCACGGGCCGCAGGGCGAAAAACGGACGCGGCGGCCCGUGCAUUCUCGCAGACUGAUUCUCGCAGAUUACCAGCGUAGAGGAACAAACGAUAAAUAAAAAUAACGUACCCCAACGCGCAACGGCAACCACGCCCCGGACCCCAACCCCAGGGUUACGG